AUGAAGCUACUUGCAUUUUCAACCCUCUGCUCCCUGGUGCUCGCCGCCGCCGUGCCCCUCGCCACCAAAUCCACGGCCCUCGGAGUCGCCCUCGCAGCAGCGCAGAAGUCAUGUCAAACGCCCGGAGGAAUUCAGAUCGCGAAUCUCGCCUGUCGGAAUACCUGCAUUGCACAAGGCGGAGGCUGGACCGGAGGGUUCUGCGAUGACCAGGAGUAA